AUGGGGAUCGUGCGACUGCAGAAGAAACUUUCUAUUGUAUUCAGAGUUGGAAUUGAUAUUCAAACAGCAAAGGAAAAACGUACUUGCAACGAAAAGGCGAAUUGCCCUGGAAAAUCGUUAACAAAUGAUGAGCGUGAUAAAUUGACCGAUUGGCAUAACGCUCAUCGCUCAAAUCUAGCGAAAGGAGCAUUUCCUGGCUACUCAGGAAAUUUGAAUGCCGGCAAAAAUAUCUACAAAUUGAAGUACGACUGCAGCCUUGAAGAUAAAGCAGUUGCAUCGACAGCUGGCGUUUGUCGAACUGCAGCUAUGCAUGAUGCGCAAAAUGUUCAAGCGUAAGU